UUAACAUCUGGUUCCAAACUCUUGCUCUCACAACUUUGCUAGUGCCCAUCAUGUGCUUUCCAAGCGCUGCUCGAUCGCCGUGCUUGCUCACGACGUCGUAUUACGAUGCCCCUCAAAAUUUGAUCUGUACGAGUGAUCUCUCUUCUCCAGACUCCACGCCGUCACUCAGCAGCUUCGAACGCCACAGCGAAACUCGGGAGUGCGGCAACCUAUUCGCCAGCCCUUAUCCGAGCGCACGAGGGCACGAAAUGUACCAGUGGCUCGAUGCAAAGUCGCAGCUCUCGGCGAUGGAACCUGCAAGUCCUACAAGGGUUGUACGGGAAGCGGAAUGCGUGAACUUCACAGCGCAAGCGGGACACUGUACACCCCGUCCUGCGCUCGUAGCGGACCGGCGCGAUUUCAGCUGUGCCGAGGCGCUAUGCCCGUCGUGCUCAUGGCGAAUCGCAGAGCUCGCGUGCGACCCUGUGUGGAUCGACGACGCUCGGUCGCGCAUUCGGGGAGCGGCGCUUGCCGUCGUCGAGGCGCAACAGGCGUCCGCGGAGCUGAGCGCGCGAGUGGCGGAAGCAUCAUCGGCGGAGAUACUUAGCGGGGGAGAAUGCCAGGACGCUUUUGGGAGGAGUUCCGGCUCUUUCUCGACUAAAGAUAAUCAGGCAUCGAAAGGCCGAAACUCAGCCACGUUUGGACGCUGGUGGAGCCGGGAGACGUGUAAUGACGACGUAACAGAAGAUCUCGAUGGCGCAUAUCUCACAGACAGCUGCCGCUCCAAUUCAAUUGAUGCCCCGUUUGCGGACCUGAGUCGGAAUAGUAGCCGGCGUUCCUUUCAAAGAGCAGCCACGACAGGAUCAGCUAACCUUCAAAACGUUGAAGUGACUAUCUCGCCUCGCUCUAUUCGGCGCACGAAGACCUCGUCACUGCCAACAGAGGUGGGAGAUGCUCCUCUUAGAGAGAAACGCGGUGGAUUAGUUGACAUGGUGCGACACGCAUUUAUGCGGUCCCCGUCAACUUCGUAGUAGUAAUAUCAUCAAUGUAGCUGGUGUGUAUGAUGAAUUCCUAUGAAACCUCUAGUGAAAACAUGGAAU